AUAGCAAUACUUAUGGGAUCACAGGAUUUCCUCUGGUGUUCCGCUCGGCAGAAGAGAAAAUCCAGCUUUCGGACCGGAUGACCCUUGAGAGGCAGAAGCUGACCGUUUGCCCCCUCAUCGACGGGGAGGAGCACCUUCGCCUCCUGAGCUUCCAGCACAACUUCAUCACUCGCAUCCAGAACGUUUCCAACUUGCAGCGCCUGAUUUUCUUAGACCUGUACGACAACCAGAUCGAGGAAAUCAGCGGCCUUUCGACCCUGAGGUGCCUCCGGGUCCUUUCGCUGGGGAAUAACAG